ACCCCUCGUCGGAUCACCGCCCGCCCAUUCGUGGCUCCACAGGAGUCGGCUUCGAAGCGCGCCACGCCUGAUCCUAGAAAUUUGAAAGAGAAGCCCCCACUAUUCAGUGGGUCAUCGUCUUCCCGUGGGACACCCUCUCGAGGAGAGACACUUGGCGCGAGAUCCGUAGAGGUGAAGGUAAAUCCUACGGUCCAUGAUCCGAAGCUUCACCCUGAUGAGGAGAUCGAGUCCUUCUUCAGUCAGUUGUGGGCGAUUCCCUCUUCCUCCCGCUGCCACCCACCUAGGGUUUCUUCUGCGGGUUUUCUGGCCUGGGUCAGGAAGGAUCUGAUUCGUGAGAAGAGGAUCACCAUUGAGCAUUGCUUCCCAGUCCACAGAGCCGAUAGAUUAGACUCUAAGCCAAUUCAACUCAACUUUGUGCGUGAUAUUUGGGGAGGACCAUAUCACAGGGAGUAGUAUGCAGAGGUGGUGAAGAAGAAGCAUAUGGCAGAGGAACGAGGUCACUGGGUAUGGCAACCAGAGCCUCCACCACGACCGGUGCGACCACCACGCCAGGAUCCCCCUGGGCAUCCCCAACCACCACCCCGCCCAGCUCCUCAGCUGCCGCAAGCCCAAGGUGUGAGGCAGCGGACAGGCCCUGCUCCUCCAGGACGUCAACAGCAGGGAGCCCAGCAGGGUUGCCCCCCACAAAGGUUUCAGUGCAAGCCAUAGAAAGUCCAACAGGAGGCAGGUAGUUCUAGAGCUGCUCCACCUAUUAUUGAUGCAAGGUAUCGCUCUCUUACAUGCUUUAAUUGCAGAGAACCGGGUCACUUUGUUGGGAUUUGUGGGAAACCUAAAGUGUGCUUCAUCUGUGCAAUUCCGGGUCAUCAUAUGGAUGCCUGUCCAUGCUGGGCUGAAACCCAUCCUGUUACGAAGUUCUAUUGCAGUGCCAGUCAGGGUCUAGGCUUCUAUCAUGUGGAAGUUUCUGAAUCUAGUCCUAGUCAGUGGCUAAAUCUGUCCAACUGUGGUGUUGUGCAUGUUCUCACUGGUCAAAUUUCUUUGGUUGAGUUGGAAAAGGAAUUGGCAGACAUUUAUUGUAAGGAAUGGCCUUGGCAAAUUAGGGAAUUAGAACCUGGAAGCUUCCUAGUUAGAUUUCCUCCCCAUAGGAAAGUUGUUGAUAUGAAGAAUUACCCCUCAGUUGGUCUGAAAAAACCAGGAGUGCAGAUUGAGAUCUUAGAAUGGGUUGGUGAAUCAGCUCCUAUAAAAGAACUAGAAGAGAUAUGGUUGCAGAUCACGUGAAUACCCCCAAAAUGGUGUGACUGGUCUGUCUUUGCUCAGAUUACUUAAGGAUUUGGUCUUCUCUUGGAUGUAGACUGGCCUACCAUCUUUAAAUCCUUCUGAGAUGGCGAGAGUUAAACUGGCCUGCAGAAACUCCUCCAAGAUGCCCAUGGAAAGAAUGUUUGAAAUGAAGAAGAAGCUACAUGUCAUAUCUUUUGCAGUCGAAGGCGAGCAGCAAAUUAACCAAGGUCAUGGAGGCCCUGAUGAACCUGGUGAUGAGGAUGACAAGGACAAUGAUGAUGAACCUGAUGAUUUAGAUGACCAAAAUGAUAAUUUCAUCAUGGAUACUGAUGUGCAAGCAGUUAAUACCCCAAGAACCCAGAAUACCUCUGCUGGUUCUAAAACAUUUGAUAGUCAGAAAGCUAAAACUGUGCCAUGCUAUCAAAAAAAUCAACAAGAUGUCGACCAAAAAACUCAGUUGGAAUUGGAUAUGACCUGCCUCCAAAAUACCACUCUUGACACCAGUGAGAUCCACACUACACACCCUGAUAUUGAUAUACUGAGUGAUGCUAAUGUUGUACUAGAUGCUAGCCCAAGGAAUGUAGGAGAGUUGACUCAACCUGACCAACAAUCCCAAUGGGAACAACUUAGGAAACUUGCCCAAGACUUCACUGGUCAUGAUUAUUGCAAGAUGCUAAGAGAGAUGGAAAUGGAUGACAACUCUGAGUCAGAUGAGGAGAACUCUGAAGCUUUUGAUAAAAUGCUUCUGAUGAACUCUACCAAGAGAAAUCUGAUUCCUGAAUUGGAGGAAUGCUCCGAGUCUCCCAAACCUGAGAGAGAUGCUUCUUUCACUAAGGUUGCUGCCCAACCACCUAACCAUGUAAAGCCCAAAAAGCAGAAAUGGGGCCUGAACCUUUAUUGGAUCGACCUAGAAGGAAUGCUGGAGAUUACAGGACUGUAAGUCAAAAGGCUAUUGAUCUUCAAAAGUUCAAGAACUUGGAGGUUCCUACUAAGGUCCCAGGGGAAAAGUUGGCUAGGGGAGAAACCACUUGUUAGGAGGAUGGUCAACAUGUUACAGAACUGGCUGAUUCUAUUCUCGGAUGGGGACUUAGAAGCGCUGGACCAAGUCCUGAUGGCUCUAAACAUCAAGCUGAACCAGCCGUUGACCUUGCUGGGCUCACAGAGAUCAAGUUUACCGGAGGUGAUUGCGUCAAGUUUGGCAACAUCUACUGGAAGAUCGACGCCAACAACUCGGGAUGAUGCCUAUACUUGGGCGCCAACUACAACUCCGACCGUCGCUGAUGCCUCUACGGGGGAUCUUAUGCCUUGUGUGCUGAGUACUUCCUCUGUAAUAAGUAGAGUUUGCGCUGAGAACCUUGUAUUCCGUUCCAACAGGAGUAGCUCUGAACUUGAACCUUGACGCUGAACUCUGUGCUUUGUUUCGUUGAAAUAAAGCGGGGAAACCUUUUCUCUAAAAAAUUAACAAAAGAUCAUAAAUGAAUCCAUAAAUCGAGAGGUGUGGAAUUAA